AUGGUCAUAAGAUUGUGAUAGGCGGCAUUCUCCGUUAAUAUUAGUCUUUGAAAUAUACUUGUUUUUAUUUUACUGUCGUUGUCGACAGAGGCUGUUGCAGACAUGGCUUCGUUAUUCAAGAAAAAGACUGUAGAUGAUGUUAUUAAAGAACAGAACAAAGAGCUGCGGGGAACGCAAAGACAGAUUACAAGAGACCGGACAGCACUAGAAAAACAGGAAAAACAAUUGGAGAUGGAGAUAAAGAAAAUGGCUAAGACAGGGAAUAGAGAUGCAUGUAAGGUUUUAGCAAAGCAGCUUGUGCAAUUGAGGAAACAGAAAACACGCUCGUAUGCUGUCAGCUCUAAGGUCACCUCCAUGUCCACACAAACCAAGCUUAUGAACUCGCAGAUGAAGAUGUCUGGAGCCAUGGCCACAACUACCAAAACAAUGCAAGCUGUCAAUAAAAAGAUGGAUCCAAAAAAGACUAUGCAGACCCUGCAAAACUUCCAGAAGGAGACAGCAAAGAUGGACAUGACAGAAGAGAUGAUCAACGAUACUCUGGAUGAACUCUUUGAGGAUUCUGGUGAUGAGGACGAAUCUCAAGACAUUGUGAACCAGGUGUUGGAUGAAAUUGGAAUUGAGAUAUCAGGAAAGAUGGCCCAUGCCCCUUCAGCUGACAGAAAGACCCCAAGCGCCUCCACAUCCAAAGCUGAUGGGAUAUCAGAUGAAGAGAUUGAGAGACAGCUCAAAGCCCUUGGAGUGGACUAGUGCUCAUGCCCGCAUACACCCGAUCAUUGCCUGGCAACAACAAUACACUCUGCUCAAAUUAACAGAAACGCAUUAUAAUUUGUUUAUACUGAAUACAAAUGGAAACACACACAUCCUCACUGACAAUGGAUGCAUAUAAAUGGACAGUCAAUAAAAACUUACUGUCAUGGACAUGCCUACUCUGGGGUAAAGUGCCACAGAUGGCAAAUACCAUUUUUAUUAUUUAUUUUGUGACAAUAUGAGAUGUCUAUCGAAGGUUUAUUAGGACUCUUUAAGAUGAGCCACUGUUUUGUCAGGCUUUAGAGUAGUAAUUUUAGAAAGACAAAUAAUCAAUUAACUGUUUUUGGAAAACCUGUGUUGUAAAUGAAUACAUACAAUGCCUUCAACUGUGGAGAAUAAUGUGGACGUGUUCCCCUGAAAUCUAGACAGGCAACAUGCUCCAACUUAAGACUCUUUAAAAAGCAACACUGAAAAUCUUUCUUCUCAUAAUGUUGUAAAAAGGUUUGACAGGAGAACUCUACCUCUGUUAAGGAGUGACACAAGGCCCACAUUUAGCCUCUUUAUUCCUAUAGCAUUUUGUCUUUUCCCCAUUUUACCCUGCUGUUCUCCCAGUGUUUGAAAACAAGAUUUUGUGUGAAUCACACCAUUAAUCUUGCUUUCACCUUUGCUUCAUUUAUCAAUGGGAAAUUAUUGAAUUUGCCCUCUAGUUUCAUAUCUUCCUCAGAUAUUUUGAGUGCACAUACACUCACCUAAAGGAUUAUUAGGAACACCUGUUCAAUUUCUCAUUAAUGCAAUUAUCUAAUCAACCAAUCACAUGGCAGUUGCUUCAAUGCAUUUAGGGGUGUGGUCCUGGUCAAGACAAUCUCCUAACCACUCGUUACAACCGAGGUAUGCAGCAAAGCAUUUGUGAAGCCACAACACGCACAACCUUGAGGCGGAUGGGCUACAACAGCAGAAGACCCCACCGGGUACCACUCAUCUCCACUACAAAUAGGAAAAAGAGGCUACAAUUUGCAAGAGCUCACCAAAAUUGGACAGUUGAAGACUGGAAAAAUGUUGCCUGGUCUGAUGAGUCUCGAUUUCUGUUGAGACAUUCAGAUGGUAGAGUCAGAAUUUGGCGUAAACAGAAUGAGAACAUGGAUCCAUCAUGCCUUGUUACCACUGUGCAGGCUGGUGGUGGUGGUGUAAUGGUGUGGGGGAUGUUUUCUUGGCACACUUUAGGCCCCUUAGUGCCAAUUGGGCAUCGUUUAAAUGCCACGGCCUACCUGAGCAUUGUUUCUGACCAUGUCCAUCCCUUUAUGGCCACCAUGUACCCAUCCUCUGAUGGCUACUUCCAGCAGGAUAAUGCACCAUGUCACAAAGCUCGAAUCAUUUCAAAUUGGUUUCUUGAACAUGACAAUGAGUUCACUGUACUAAAAUGGCGCCCACAGCCACCAGAUCUCAACCAAAUAGAGCAUCUUUGGGAUGUGGUGGAACGGGAGCUUCGUGGCCUGAAUGUGCAUCCCACAAAUCUCCAUCAACUGAGAGAUGCUAUCCUAUCAAUAUGGGCCAACAUUUCUAAAGAAUGCUUUCAGCACCUUGUUGAAUCAAUGCCACGUAGAAUUAAGGCAGUUCUGAAGGCGAAAGGGGGUCAAACACAGUAUUAGUAUGGUGUUCCUAAUAAUCCUUUAGGUGAGUGUAUUUUAUAUGGUUGUUUUAUUCCAGUGAGAUCUAUGUUGUGGUUGAGAAUGCUAUUUAUCAUUGUGUUGUCUAAAGAUGGUGGCUCUCCAGUUGUGCCUGAGGGUACAUGUUGAUCUUUAUUCAUAGUCAUGCAUGCCUGGCCAAAAAAAUGUGGCAUACUCUAUUUAGUUGGAUUACCUUUAGAUUUGAUUACGCCGCGCAUUCGUCGUGGCAUUGUUUCGACAACAUUUUACGCAACAUUUAUUUCCAUCCAGAGUUGCAUUUUUGGCUGAGAUCUUGUAUUAAUGAAGGGAGAGUCGAACACCUGAGUAAAGUCUUCUGCAGCACAUCCUAAAGACUUUCAGUGAGGUUAAGGUGGAUGCCAAUUCAUGUGUGAAAAUGAUUCCUCAUGUUCCCUGAACCACUUUUUCACAAUUUGAGCCCGAUGAUUCUUGGCAUUAUCGUCCUGGAAUAUCCCGUGCCAUCAUGGAAGAAAAAAAUAAAAUAAUUGAUGGGAUAAUAUGAAGAUAUUAUUGGAGCAAAUCAAAUGUGCACCUGUGACAGUGUUAUUUGUAGUUGUAGAGAUUAGCCACAUGUGUAUCAGUGAAUUUGAAGUCACAGAGAAAUGUAUUUAAAGAGUUGCAAGCUUAUAGAAUUUAUUUCUCUCCCACAACACAACAGUUACACCUUCUCAAAUUCUUCAUUGCAGGUGCACAAAUCCUUUUCUACGAAUCUCAAAUUAAGAAACUCAUACGCUCAAGUUUUUGCUAUGUAUAAUGGUGAGUGAUUUCAGAAAAGGAAAGAAAAAAAUACCUUUAUUGGUAUUUGCCAUUGCCAGCUCGGGAAGAUGCUCUUGGAAGUAUUUUAUUUAUUUUUUUCUGUUCGGGCGUCAGGUUCCGCCAAUGGAGAGGCGCUCAAACUAGCUCUUCUGAUUGCCUAAAUUCUCUGAUCUCUGAACAGUGCCGCCUGCUGCCUCUACAGAUGCACAAAUCACCUUUGCUCAAUAUUUUAUGCUGCCAUGUGGUGCGAAAAACAGAGACUCGUAGCAGCAGAUUCAAGCAGUUGUAGUUUUGUACUUGUGUUUGUGCGAGAAAAAUAUCAAAGAAAUUUUUUUUUGUCAGAAAAUAUUCUACAAGCGUGCAACUCUCGUUGGAUGAAUUCAUAUACUGAUUUGCGGAUGAGCAAAAUUUGUCUGUGACUUCACAUUUUUUGAUGCGGGUGUGUGAAUGUGUUUUGCACCAUAUUUACUGGAACAACUGUAGCAAAAAUGUGAGCAUAUUA